AUGGCAAGUUUUGGAACGUCUGGUAGUCUCGAUUUGAAGGCUCACAAGAUCGAGAAAAUGGUCGAUCCGGAUGAGCCAGAUCGAGAAAAAGAACUGGAGGAAAAACUGAAGGAAAAUGAGCUAAAAGAUAAAGCUUGGAGCUCAACAAAGAACCUCGACAAAGUCAAAUACAGGCCUCGAUGUGGAAAACCGAUUGGACUGAAGUGGUAUGGCGAUGGGAAGAAAGAUGACUCGGAUGCUUUCGUCUAUAUGAUAUAUGAUAUAGACAAUCUUUACGAUGACAAGGAUUGGUUGCCAGUAGAAGAAGAAGAUGAUCGACUGGGAAAAGGAUCAGACAAAUACAGUAUAAAGACAGUCAGUGUUACAGUCUCCACCGGUCAAAACUCCUCCCGUCAAGCCAUGAUUCCAGAUAAUCAAGUGAAACUAACACCUGGCUUUGAUUUCAUGUAUGAAUCGCCACUUCUCCGCGAUUUCGCUCUGGACCCAAAUUCUGAUCGUCGAGUUGCCAAAGAUUUUCUGCGAGUAAGCUUCGAUCGAAAUACACCCGACUCCGUUGUAGGCAAGAUUCUCAAAGAUGGUUUCUACUGUCACGACCCGCACAAUCAGAAAAACAAGAAAGAUGCUCUCUGUUUAUACCGCUUCUUUGCAUACACGCCCUCACAAGUCAGAAAUCGAGGGUGCAUCAUGAUCAACUACGAUGCAGACUUCUGGGGCUCAGAUAAGCUCGUUGAUGUUGGGGACUACCGAAGAUUGAAGAAAGAAUUUGAUGAUUUGGAGAAAAUACACGUGAAGGUUGACAAAGCUGAAGUGAGAUACAGUCUUGUGAAAAGAGCGAUUCCUUAUGUUUGGAACUACUUUGGGAACUUUGAUAAGAUCAAAAUUGUGUCUAAGUAUGCUGCUCGAAUUGGUCUUCUAAUGUCGCCAACUCAGGCGACCAUCUUUGUCCCAGAUACAAAAUGGGCCAGAGAAAGAGACAUUGUUUGGGGCCCAGAAAAAGAUCGAAAGAAGUAUGAAUUUACUGAUGGUUGCGGACGAAUGUCGACUCGUGUUGCUCAAAUGUUUCGUGACAAGCUCAAUCUCAAGCAUUUGUAUAAACAUCAAGGAGCAUACGGAGUACCAUCUGUCAUCCAGUUCCGAAUGAUGGGCUGCAAAGGCAUCUUCGUCCAUGAUCCGACACUUGAUGCUGCCAACCAGCCCUGGGUCAUGAUCCGGGACUCGCAGUGGAAAUUCGAUUGGAACAUGGACACGGUCAAGUUCUUGGAACGAGAUAAAGAUGGGAAUCCAGGGCGCGCAAUGGGUGUUUGCUCUAACGGAUUAUCAAGGCCUUUUUCUUUUGGAAAACUGAAUGAGCAGUUCGUGGUUUUGCUCGAUUCUCUUGGGCUCGCGGACAAUACAUUCUUGGACAUCCAAAAAGAUCAUUUCGAAAGGCUCAAACGAUGUAUGGACGACAGAAUUGCAGCGUUUGAAAUUCUCUCUUCUCAAAACCGCAUGGCUGAAGCUGAUCUUCUCCAAGAGACCGAUGAAAACUCACCGUACCCACCAGAAGUUAUCAACACCUUGAAGCGCUUCCGCAAGCCAGUUGUUGAACUGCCAUCCAGCAACCCAAACGAAAGAGAGGAAAAGAACAUCAAAAAUGCAGCUUUUUACAUCCCUAUUUCGAAAUCGAGAAACGUAUACGGAGUCGCGGAUAUUUCAGGCAAACUCAAAAAAGGGCAAUGUUUCGUUCAAGUCACUGACUACGUCGAAGAGUUUGAUGAAACAAAGGGGACAACAAGGAGAGUGACAAAAAUGGUACCGUUGGACAACGGCGCUCGAGUACUUGUCAACAAAUGCCCAACCUAUCAUCCUGGAGAUUUCAGAGUUCUGGAGAACACGCACAUUCCGGAACUGAUGCACCUCUGCGAUGUUAUUGUUUUCCCUGUGGCAGGUCGACACAAUCCUGAUUUUAAGCGGCCACAUCCUCAUGAGAUGCACGAAAGUGAUUUGGAUGGAGAUGAAUACUUCGUCAGUUGGGACGACCGACUGAUCCCCGAAAAGACAGACAAGCCUUUCCCGUGCCCAGACAAAACAAAAGGUGCAAACCAAAAGGAAGAGAUCACAGUCCAAGAUCUGAUCCGUGAAUUCACCGCUUCAGAGCACUUAGUUGGAAGGAUCAAUAAUCUGUUCAUCGACUGGGCGAAAUUAUCCGGAGCUAAAUCAGACGAAUGCAAGCAACUUGCGAAACUUUUCAAUCAAGCUGUUGAUACUGCAAAGCAUGGUGGCAAAGUUGAAAUAUCAUCGCACUUGACGUCUGUUAAAGAUAGAGAUGGACAAAAGGUUCGCUUGCAUGCAAAAAUGGUUGCGCAAACGAAAAAACAACCAUUCAAAGCCUCCGCCGAUUACCUCAUCAGAUACAAAGGACUCAACAAUACUCUCUGGCCAUUAGCUCAGAAGCCAUUUUUUUAUUUCAUUGAUAUUAGCCUCUGCGAUUCGGAUUCAAUGAUGAAUUUUCACUGCAUGCUGAAGUAUGGCGUCUGGACUGAUCCCUACGAAAGAAAUGUGACGAAGAUUUCAGAGGCUUUCAACGCAACUCAGCGCCCAGGGGCGAUGGUACCGAACAAUUCCAUAUUAAAUGAGCGCGGCACAAUUUAUCUGAUUGCCUACAGGGUCAAGAAUAAGAAGAAAUUCGCACAGGGUGUCGCACAAGUUAUAGACAGAAUCGGCAUGUGGGAAUACACAUGGACGCCGUUUAAAUACAGCGAACCAGGAAUGAUUCCUGUUCAAUGGCUCUUCUGUAAAGACUUCGAAAUUCCUGAUUUGCCGAUGUUUGGACACGAAGGAAAGAAUUCGCUUCUUGACCUCGAUCACACUGAUCCAAUUCCUCAAAAUAUCGGCAUGAAGCUUUUUGACAAAUUCAAGAGAGGAAAGAACGCUGAUCCGAUGAGAAGGAAGUUAGGCGAUAAAUUAUACGGGAAAAUAAGCUAUAAAGAAACACUCGUACAAACCAGUUAUUUGGACAAGAAAUGGGCCGAGAAUGAAAAAAAUCUCCAAGAGAAAAUCAAGAACAGCACAAAAUUCUACGAAACCAAUCAAAAUACAAAAUCUCGGAAUCGGAAGUAG